CUUACGUGAGGACUUUUAUUCUGAAAUGUGACCCAGUAAUACGUUUUAGUGUGGCUGAAAAGAUCCUGGAAAUGUAUGAAAACGACGUGAUAGUGGGGAUACGGGGACCAAAAUAUAUGCGCAACUAGGUAAACGGGCAGGAUGUCUUCUCAUAAUGUAAAUGAAAACGUUAUUUAGCUCGCUAUCUGCUAAUAAACUGGCAGUUACUACGUAAUUUUUACCGUUUUCAAUACUUUAUAACGUUUGAUAGUUAGCCUGCAGCAGCGACAAAGACCUAGUUAGGUAAUUGCUGACCUCCCUUGAACUGCAGAAGUUGAGUGUACAAUUUGAUGCAGGCGCAGGACUGAAGCAUGGCCUGGAACAAGAGCGCUACCUCCCGCGGUGUCCCGGUGGUGCUGGUGUGUCUCGCUGCUCUGCUACUGGGCAACGUUGUCAUCUAUCUGUACCUGGACUCACUGCAGGAACGCGGCCACGGACACCCUCACCUGUCUCCUCACGGGGACUGUCGGCCACGUCACUUCAGGAUGGCCAACAUGAAGAACUGUUCGCCCUGGCUGGAGUGCACGCAAGUGCGCGCGGAGGUCCGCAAGUUGAAAAUGAUUGGCCAGGGAGCCGUAAAGCAGGUUUUCCUGUCUGAGUGGAAAGGUUACAAAGUUGCACUAUCCAAACUGUCCUCCCCGGAUUACCGAGAGGACUUCCUCCACGGGGUCUCCAUGCUACAGGCACUCCAGGGACCCCACGUGACUGUGCUGGUGGGCUGGUGCCAGGAGGACCACACCCUGGUCACAGAGUACCAUCCGCUGGGCCCUCUGCUCAGUCUGGAGGCCGUGCUGAACCAGGACAGGCACCGGGUUCGGGACACGUGGCAGACCCGGUUGAGGCUGGCGCUGGACUACGUCUCCAUCCUCCACCACUUGCACACCGGCCCGGCCGGGACCCGGGUCAUGUGUGACUCCAGUGACCUGGAGAAGACCACGUCGCAGUUCCUGCUGACCAGCGACUUCCGCCUGGUGGUCAACGACCUCGAUGCCCUGCCGGAGGUUGGGGCCCCUGGGGGUCCGCUGGUGAAAUGCGGCCACCGGGAGCUGACGGGGGACUUCGUGGCACCGGAGCAGCUGUGGCCCCACGGCAAAACACGCCCGUUUUCUGACGAGCUGAUGCCGGGGUACGAUGAGAAAACAGACAUUUGGAAAAUUCCAGACGUGACACGUUUUCUGAUGGGGAGGGUGGCGGGAGGUGACAUAGCCCACUUCCACCUCUUUCAGAUCCACGCGGAGUGUAAAAGGAGAGAACCCCACCUUCGCCCCUCCGCAAAAGAUGUCCUGAGCGUGUACAGAUCCGUCUACUCCACCAUGACGAGGGACAGUCCAGGCCCUGGUGGCUCCAGAGACAUGCUUUAACUUUCUCUUUGUACUGACAAGAAACUGGGUGUUGUGAUAAAUAAAAUAUGUUUGUUUACCAUUUGA